CUCAUUCAACUAAACAGCUGAUGGACGGUAAACAUCGGCUUGGCCAGAUGCAUCUGGCAACGUUGGCCUCGAACGUUUCGUUUUCGAUUAUCAAGAAAGCGCUGUCGUAGUCAAAAUAAAUAAAGAAUUUCAAAGGUAAAAACCGAACGAAAUACGUGGUCGCCAAGAUAACGCAGCGACGCAGACGACGAGUGGGACUGUCCGGCGGAUUGGGGGCAGCGGGAUACGGCGGAAACAACGGCAACAAGAUGCACCAGGAGCACAUGGACCUGCAUGCGCCCGUGGACUUGAACAAGUCCCUGGACGAGAUGACGCCGGAGGAGCGAAUGCGAGCGCAGCACCAACUGAUGGUGGAGAAACAUCGCGGCCACGACGCCAUGCACUCCGAAAUGGUGAUCAUUCUGUUUGUCACCCUGGUCAUUGCCCAGAUAAUCCUGGUUGAGUGGAAGAAGCGGCACUACAGAUCCUACGCUUUCGUCACCCUGCUGGCCAUGUGGCUCAUUCCGCUGAUCAUCUCCGUCAGCUUUGGCUGGCUGCGCUUCAUAAUCAUCUGGCUGGUGUUCACCUGCAUCACGGCACUGGUUAUGCGCCGGGCCAUCAGUAAGCCCAUACAGGGCACAACGCCUAGGCUGGUUUACAAGUGGUUCUACUUCAUCUACAAGCUCAGCUAUGGCCUUGGCCUCGUGGGCUAUCUGGUGAUCAUGGCCGCCUUCCUGGGCAUGAACUACAUGUUCUCGCAGCCUCCAAACACCUGGAUGGAUGUGGGCCUGAUGUUCUGCUUCUACGGCCUGUACAUCGGUGUACUAGGACGGGAUAUAUCCGAGAUAUGUUCGGAUAAGAUGGCGGCAGCUAUUGGCUACUACACACCUCAGGGGAUUCCCACCCGACACCUUGAUCAGAAUGUCUGCGCAGUGUGUGGCAAUCAGUUGCUUGUUUCGGAGAAGGAAGAGGGCGUCAUUGAGAACACCUACAAGUUGUCUUGUAACCACGUAUUCCACGAGUUCUGUAUACGUGGCUGGUGCAUUGUGGGCAAGAAGCAGACGUGUCCCUACUGCAAGGAAAAGGUCGAUCUCCAGAAGAUGUUCCGCAAUCCGUGGGAGAAGCCGCACGUAUUGUACGGUCGCCUGCUGGACUGGAUUCGCUGGCUGGUGGCUUGGCAACCGCUCAUCUUCUUCAUAGUACAAGGCAUCAACUGGAUGCUGGGACUGGAGUAGGUCCUGAUUCCAGUAUUGGCUUUCCUCGGCGUCUAGUCAAGCACACACACUUUGGAUUAAGUCCUGCACAUGUAACCACACAAAUAACUCGACGAUUAACAACGACAGACCAACAUGGAGGGGCUGCGAAACACCCGCACCACUAGCACCGUCGCCGUUCAUUCCCCCGCUCCCCUCCACGACUCCUGAACUAUUACGACGAUGACGGAUAAAAGAUCUGUAGACGAAGCCAUCCGGAUGCCUGCCAUUGCCAUCCAAUCUGUUUCCGGGUUUCCAGUUCUGUGUGUGGUUUGCUUUUGGGCACCCAAAUUUUCCAUUGGAGUCUUUAAUCGAAACGUAAAUGCAAUUUUGGAUAUAUGUAUCUAUAUCUAUAUAUUAUACAUAGCUAUGUAUUUAUGUA